ACUGUGGGUGUACCUUUCAUCGAAGAAGAAAGACUAAAAUCCCUUUCCACCGAAUGCAGAAUGCUAAAAUCAGAAUGAAUCAGCAAUUUAGAGAUUCUCAGUUCAGGAUUUACUGGAUUUGACUCCCCUUGCAUGACCUGUACCCCCAGAGGGAGCUCUUCUGCGUUGUCUUCAAAUAAUAGAAAAAGACUUUUUCAUCGCCUCAACCACCCUUCAAUUUGCAUGUGUCGAAUGCCACGCUUCGCGGGUCUGGCGUUCUUUCGCUUCACAAGAAACUUUAGCGUGACGUAUUGGGUUGACUAUAAAAGUUUGCAAACUGCUCAGUGAAAAUGCAGAGUUGGAGCAGAGGGCGGUCGACGUGAGAAGAGCAGAAAACCUUUCGGGAGAGAACAUGGCACAAGCUUUGGCUGUAGCAGGUACAGAUUUCCAGUGUGAAGUCAACAACAAAGCCCACAGGACAGCCGAUUUCGGUUCCAACCGAUUGAUUGUGAGGCGGGGGGAUCGCUUCACCGUCACCGUACAUUUCGCCGGCAGGGGCUACCAAGGGGCAGAGGAUCAGAUCUCCGUUAUUGUGGAAACAGGUUUGGCACCUUCAGUAACAUCUGGAACUAAGGCCCAGUUUCCGCUGUCAAAUUCACUGGAUGAAAGUAAGUGGAAUGCUGCCCUUGUAAGCAGUGCUGGGAACCAACUCUCCCUGUCCAUAUGCUCACCUGCCAAUGCCAAGAUCGGGCACUACACUUUAAAACUGUGUACAACACAAGGUCAAUCUACGCCGUUUGAUCUCGGAAAAUUCAUCUUGCUCUUCAAUCCAUGGUGCUCAGACGAUGCUGUCUUCCUAGACUUCGAGAAUCAACGCAAAGAAUAUGUACUGAAUGAUCAGGGCUUGAUCUAUCAGGGUACGAAGAAGUUAAUUUCACACAUUGCUUGGAAUUUUGGGCAGUUUGAAGAUGGUAUUGUGGAUAUUUGUCUGAAACUGUUGGAUAACAGCUCGAAUUGCCUGAAAAAUCAGGAAGAGGAUUGUUCUCAAAGGCAUGAUCCUGUUUAUAUCAGCAGGAUUGUGGCAGCUAUGGUGAAUUGCAAUGAUGAUAAGGGGAUACUGCAGGGUAACUGGGGCCCUGAUUAUUCAUGUGGAGUACCUCCAACUAUGUGGAACGGAAGCAUUACUAUCCUUCGUCGAUGGAACAAAUUGGGCUGUCAGCCUGUUCGCUUUGGCCAGUGUUGGGUCUUUGCAGCAGUGGCCUGCACAGUUUUGAGGUGUUUGGGAAUUCCCACGCGGCCUAUUACAAAUUUCAACUCUGCUCAUGACACGGAGCAAAAUUUAAGAAUUGACAGCUUCAUCGAUGAGAAUGGAAAAAUAUCAAAAAAAUCGAAAGAUAGUGUCUGGAAUUUCCACUGCUGGAUAGAGUCAUGGAUGACGCGUCCUGACCUGAAGCCAGGCUAUGAUGGAUGGCAAGUAAUAGAUCCAACGCCACAGGAGAAAAGUGAAGGAAUUUAUUGCUGUGGACCGGCUUCAGUUAAAGCAAUUAAAAGUGGAGAUAUUGAUCAGAAAUUUGAUAGCCCAUUUGUCUUUGCUGAAGUCAACGCCGAUUAUGUGUCAUGGCUUCUCUGUAAAGAUGGUUCCAAAAAACAGAUCGAGGUCAACCAUCGACUAGUUGGUCAGAAUAUCAGUACAAAGGCUGUUGGCAGUGAUGAACGUGAAGAUGUCACGCACAAUUAUAAAUAUGCAGAGGGUUCUGAGGAGGAAAGAGAGGCUUUCACGAAAGCAGAUAUGAAGAACAAACUGACUCAAGAGCCAGAGAAGAAAUUCUUCUUAAAAUUGAAAGCUGAGAAAGUCAACUUGAACGGAGCUGACUUUGAAGUGUCUGCUGUUCUCUCAAACCAAACCUCAGCGGUGAAGAAUUGCAGGUUGAUCCUGUGUGCCAAAACAAUCCUCUACAAUGGGCAAUCAAUUCAAGAAUGUAGCUGGAAAGAUCUAGCCAAACUCACGAUUAGACCGCAUGAAGAAAAGACGGAGACUCUGCAGGUGCAUUACUCAAACUAUGGACAGUCCUUGACAGAACACAAUCAGAUUCUCAUCGUGGCCCUUGCAAUGGAGUAUGAGGCUGGAGAAUUAGUAGUUACUAGAAAAGUGAUUACUCUCCAGAAUCCAGAUCUACACAUUAAGAUCAUAGGAGAGCCAGUGCAGUACCGAGAUCUAACAGCAGAAAUUUACUUUACCAAUCCGAUGCCAGUGAAUUUGUGCAAUGGUACAUUCCUGGUGGAGGGAGCCGGCCUCACUGAUGAGCAGAAAGUUCCAUGUCCGGUACAGUCGAUUAAACCUGGCCAGGAAGUGAAGGUGAGGGUUAAAUUUACCCCUCAGAAACCAGGCCUGAGGAAAUUGGCUGUGGAUUUUGACUGCAACAAACUGAAAGAUGUGAAGGGUUUCAAAAAUGUUAUUGUCAGACCAGCGAACAAAUAAUGGACCUGUCAAUCUUCUUCAAGAAAUGUUGUAUUGGAGACAGUGCCUUUAAGAAUGGAAGGGGAAAUCAACGCAGAUUUAUCACCAGAGAUUUAAGUUCUUCAUUCGUCUGUUCCUUAAAUAUUUCUAUAUUAGCAUUUAACUGAUAAAAUAAACCAGUGCUGUGCAUGUAUAUUCCAUUUUGCUUUCUACCAUUCUAAGGACACAAAUGUUCCUUAUAAUCAUCAUGUUUGUUCUUGCUCUGUUUUUAGUAAUUACUGUUGCAUUUACUCAAAACCCUGCUUAUCUGAAAUUAUGUAAUCUCUUGGCAUUAAUGGUCUACCACAACCCAAUACAUACAAGAUUCAUUUUAUUUGGAUGAUUUGGCGCCGGCAUCAUAUGGUAUUUGAUUUGUAACUCCAUUCAUGUAUUGUAGCUCACCUGAGGUUAGAAAGCAACCAGGGAUUGGAUCAAGCUAUUUCACCAAUCGCAUCAAAUAUAUUAACUGCCCAAAAAUACAACCACUGAGUUAAGUUACGGGACUUAGCUCAGCAGAGCACUCUAACCUCCAAGCCGGAAGGUGUGGGUUUAAGGUGUGCUCCAGCCACCUGAGUUAUAAAAUCACGUCAGUGCGGUACCCGGGGAAUGUGGCACCGUUGGAGGUGCUUUAUUUUAGGUAACACAUUAAACUGCAGUCUGUCUGUCCUGUCAGGUUGACGUAUAAGAUCCCUUUGCACUUUUUUUUUUCAAAGAAGCAACUGUAUAAAUGCAAAUUAUUUCUUUACUUACAUUUGAGUCAGCUUCGUGAGUGCAUCACCAUUAAAGGAUUUUCAAGUGAAUAUAUUUGCCAUUUUAAUAGCAAUAGUAAUUUUCUAAUUGACAUAAAGCCAGGCUACCAAUAGCUCUUUAUAAUCUCUGUUGUUUGUACAAGUUACUCUGUUUAUCUGCUUUCUUUUGCCUUCAUCAACAUUAAUCUUUUAUACAGCAGUAUAUUGUAUUGUACUGGUUAUGAUAUCAAUAAAAAAACGUUGCAAAGAA